CGGAGCUGGCGCAGUUGUCAUGGCUCCCGAAAUGCGAAAGAAGAUUAGUCUGGAUACCAGCCUUGUGCUAAUCUGGAAACAUGGAAAAAACAGUGAAAUGCUGCUAACCAGCUAAUCUAUAGAAAAUGCUUUAUUAGCUUGUGGUACAUGGCCUCAUGAUCGUACGAAAAUUAGAAGAGGCUGGAAUUCGAUUUGUAUUCUCUGCCACGAAAGCUUGUGGGGAGCGUUGCUAAUUUUGCUAUCUACUUAGCAUAGCUAGCUUUCAACUGCAAGAGUGUGAGGAGGAAGAAAACAUGUAUCACAAGGAGAAAAGCAUCCAGAUCAAGAGCAGUGCCUCUGCUCUGUACAACAAUCUGAGUGUGCUCCGCAUUGCCCCCCGCUGCCUCACCUACUUCACCGUGGUACAUGCCAAUGUGGUGAACAUGGUCAGCGCUUCCUGGGAUGGCCUCAACUUCUCACAUCGCCAGCUGCAGUCUAAGGAGGGCAGCAUUGCUGCUAGUUCUUCACUCAUCAUGCAGGCAUCGUGGUGCGUUCUUCCUUCCCGUGAGCUGCUAGUUCUCACUUCUCAAAAGGGAAUCCAGAUGUAUGAGUCAGAUGGAUCCAUCAUGGUGUACUGGCAUGCCCUAGAUACACCUGAGACACCAACAGUUGUAGGUGUUAAUAUUAGUUCUGCACAUCCAGCUCAGGCUGUGUUUGCUCGGGGAAUCGCUGCUGUACAGGAAAACUUUAUCUGUGUCGGAGUAUCAACCGGCUUCAUACUGGUGUUUGACAUUCCCAGCAAAGGGAGCAACAUUAUGCUGUCAGAAGUGUUGGAGGAGCAUAGGGAGUCCAUUACAGAUAUGGCGUCGGAAUGUUCCGGAAGUCUGGAAAGUGUUGCUGACCUGGUCACGGCAGACGACUCAGGCGCGCUCUGUGUGUGGAAGUCUGGAGAAGACUUCCAGUUGCUCAACAAGAUCCCCGGUUUUGAGGUCUGCUGUUCUUCGGUGAAGCUGUGGAAAGGCACCGUGGCGGCUGGGUACGGCUCAGGCCAGAUCCGCAUCUACGAGGCUGUCACUGGGAUAGUGCGUGCUGAGGUCAAUGCACAUGCCCGCUGGAUCUACUCCCUCGAUAUUGCGCCCUUCUCUGGCCUACUGCUCUCUGCUGCUGAGGAUUCCCUGGUGCAAGUCUGGCACCUGACCGUCAUCCCAGAGGCCAACAGUGUGGAGAUCCAGCACCUCUACAGCGAGUGUGUCACUGACACCCAGAUCUGUGGAGCCAAAUUCUGCGACGGGGAAGGACACGCCUUCGCUGUGACUGGCUAUGACCUAAGUGAGAUCAUCCGCUACACGCAAGAAUAGGCGUUACACCACUGAGGUCAUCUGCAAGAAACAGACACAUCCGGCAAGACUGUGCAGUUAUUUCCCUAUACAAUGUCUGGCCAGAGAAAAGGAGUAUAAACACCCAGUCUGUCAUAUGUGUUGGUGUUCCAACUGACAGCUAUACACAGGGCAAUCAGAGAUGGGCUGUUGUAGCCAAAUUACCUUGACAUUACAUGAGAAAAUAUAUUAAAAGAAUAUAAAAAAUAUAGAUCACAAGUCAUGGUGGUUUGAUGCUUGAUUUUAAAACAGGAAAUCUGCCGUCCUGUUUAUGUGAUAAGCUGCAGGGUGCUCACAUGCGCAUAAAGCCUCAUGUACUGGCUGUAAUUUCACAGAGAUCCACCAUCAGCAUUAAAGCAUUCUGCAGCGUCCCUGUGGCUAAAAGAAACUUAUUUAUUACACAGGUGUUUAGAGGAUUGUGUAGCUAUGUAUGCUUGUUUGAAUAGGAAAUAAUUUUUUUAUAUAUAUA